AUGUCUGAUAACUCAGUUCGUGCUAGAGAGUAUAGGCGAAAUUGUUUAAAAAGAAAGCGAACACAAACUCAUCAUCGAAAUGCGAGAGAGGUCCUUGAUUCCUCGGUGCCUGUUUUCUCUUUGAAUGAUUAUAUGGAAAAUUUAUUUGACGUGUCCCAGAAUGUUAAUCAGAGUUCACAUUUGACUUUGUCAGACCAAUCAGAAAUAUAUGAUCCUUCGAUAAAUUCAUUCAGUCAAGUUGGUUUUGUUAUUGAUCAUCCUCUGUUCUUGCAAAGUGAGAUACAAGGUUGCCUUGAUGUUGGUGACCCUAACUAUGAAUGUUCAAUUUGUGGCGCGUGUUUCUGGUUAUUAGAACGUGUUGAAAGAGAGUCUACAGUUAAUCGUCCUAUUUUACUUAUGUUUGCCUUCACGUCUCUUGGCGGUAAGGUAAUGGAUUCUGUGAAUGAUGGGAGGGGUCCACCACAGUUUAUAAUAAGUGGUCAAAAUUAUCAUCGGAUUGGAAGUUUGCUCCCAGUUGCUGGUGAGAAGCCCAAAUUUGCACAGUUAUACGUAUACGACACUCAGCAUGAUAAUAUGCAUAGGCAGCGAAUUUUUGGGCAAACAUCUGAGAUAGAUAAAGAGUUGAUAACUGAGUUGUUGCAAAUGAUCGAUACUCAUAAUGUCAUAGCACAGUCUUUUCGAAGAGUUAGAGAAUUAUAUGAGUGUCAUCCAUCUGAGAUUUUCUCAUUGAAGUUGUAUUCGCAACGGAACGUUGAUCGAAAUGUACAGUGCCCCUCUUGCGAUGAAGUUGCUGCUUUGAUUGUUGGAGAUUUUGAUUCGUCGGACCAUGGUCGUGACAUUAUUGUUCGAUCUACUGGUGGUCGGUUGCAACGUAUAUAUGAAACUCAUGCUCUGUAUUGGCCCUUACAGUAUCCUUUGUUGUUUCCGUAUGGCGAGGAUGGUUAUCAGCCUAACAUUGGUUAUCGUGGUCAACAGCUCGGAUAUGUUCCUGGAAGGAGAACAAGAGUUUCACUCAGGGAAUUCAUAUGUUUUCGUCUCCAGAUUAGGGAGCACGAAGAUGGAAUUAUUCACAAGUCUAGGCGGUUGUUUCAACAAUUUGUUGUUGAUUGUUUCACGAUGAUUGAGUCGCAGAGGUUGUAUGAGAUUAGAAUGAAGCAAAGUACAAUUAGAGGAGAAGUCCUUCAAGGAAUAGAGGAGGCUAUGCGUCGUGGCGAUGAUGAGGCUUCUUCAAUUGGGACACGAAUCAUUUUGCCUUCAUCAUUCACUGGUGGUAGACGUUACAUGUUUAAUCGUUGUCAGGAUGCCAUGGCGAUUUGCAAACAUUUUGGGUAUCCAGAUUUGUUCCUCACUAUUACGUGUAAUCCAAAUUGGCCUGAGUUUCAGCGGUUCACGGAGCGGGAGCGAAUUCCGAUUGCUGAUCGUCCUGAUAUCUCUUGUCGUGUCUUUCAUGCCAAGUUGAAGUGCCUCCUUAAUGAUCUCAAGGAAGGUGUGUUUUUUGGUCCACUUAAUGCAGGUAUGUAUACUAUUGAGUUUCAAAAAAGGGGUCUACCGCAUGCACACAUGCUACUGUGGCUUAAUGCGGAAAGCAACUUACAAAGUGUUGAAAUUGUUGAUGAAUUCAUCUGUGCUGAGCUACCCAAUCCCCAGAAAUUUCCAUCUCUUUAUAAUGUUGUCACCAAGUACAUGAUCCAUGGUCCCUGUGGUCCACUUAGACCGAGUUCUCCUUGCAUGAAAGAUGGUAAGUGCUCAAAAUUUUAUCCGAAAAAAUUUGUUGACCAAACGAGCUUUGAUGAAGAUGGCUAUCCAAUAUAUAGACGUCGUAAUAUGGGUGUCACAGUGAAGAUCAAUGAUGUCGAUAUCGACAAUAGAUUUGUUGUGCCCUAUAAUCCACUGUUGUUAAUGAAAUACCAAGCUCACAUAAAUCUCGAGUUCUGUAACAAGUCAAACGUUGAUGAGAUCAAACAGUAUUAUGAUUGUCGUUAUUUGUCACCGUCUGAAUCCAUGUGGAGAAUUUUUGCUUAUGAUAUUCAUCAAAGAUGGCCGUCGGUACAGAGGUUGACUUUUCACUUGCCCAACCAGCAACAUGUUGUAUUCGAUGAUGCUGAUAUCACUACUCAUGUUUAUUUGCGCAACAAAGAUUUGUUGACGAUGUUUACGGGUUAG